AUGGAGCCAGCUGGGUUUGGCCAAGAAAGGACCAGGAGAGGCUGGAUCAUGGGGCAUCUCUGCUCCCUCCUGGCCACAGCAUUGCUGGCAAUGAGCCUGGUGCAGGCUUGUGAGCAGCCAAAGGGAUCUCCCCGCAUUGUGGGGGGUAAUGAUGCCGAGAAUGGGUCCUGGCCCUGGCAGGUCAGCAUCCGUGAAGGCAGCAACCACAUCUGCGGAGGGUCCCUCAUUGCUGAGAGCUGGGUGGUAUCAGCAGCUCAUUGCUUUGAUGGGGACAAGUCUGCCUAUCAUGUGAACCUAGGGGAAUAUCAGCUCCUGAACCCCUCUGAAAGUCUGGUAUCUUUUCCCAUCAAGGAGAUUUACCGCCACCCCAGCUACACUGAUAUGAGGUCCAGCGGUGAUAUUGCACUGGUGGAGCUGGAAACCCCUGUGAGCUUCAAUGAAGUUAUCCGCCCCAUCUGCCUUCCAGCCUCCUCUGUGGAGUUCCCCGCGGGCAUGGAGUGCUGGGUGACCGGCUGGGGUAACACUCAGUACGGAGGGAGUCUGACAGCCCCCAAAACACUGCAAGAGGUGCAGGUUCCCCUGAUAGACAGAGACACCUGCAACAGCCUCUUCAACACCGGCUCAUACCCAGACGACCCUAAGGAGAUUGAUCCCAUCAAGCAGGAUAUGAUCUGCGCAGGGUAUCCACAAGGGGAGAAAGAUGCAUGUCAGGGUGACUCUGGGGGACCCUUGGUCUGUGAAUUGGACAGCACUUGGCUCUUGGCUGGGGUGGUGAGCUGGGGCGUGGAAUGCGCGCUCCCCAACCGCCCAGGGGUCUACAUUUUGCUGCCCCCCUACGCUGACUGGAUCCAAGGCUACAUCUCCCCUGAGCCUGGCAUGUCCGUCAUGCAGCCCAACACCGCCUCAUAG